AUGUCGAUGGUCUAUCUCUUCUCAAUAGUUCUCAUCCUUUUUGCAAGUGAGUGAACACCUAGACAACACCCUGAAAUAACUCUCAAUUCCAGAAUCCAUCCAAAGUUGUCGCGUCGAAGAGUGCGCUCUAUGGUUCCAGGAGACCAAGGACUACGAGAAUCUGACGCCGACGGCUUCGGAGCGCUACUGCCAAGUGCUGCACACCUACUUGAAAUGCAUGAACGACACGAUGCGCUUUUGCCACGGCAAUUUGCGAUUCCAUUCGUCGGAGUUGGUGAUGAGAAGGCACUGGAGAGAGUUCGAGUGCUCCAAAUGGGAAUCUUGUAACGAUAGCAAUUCUGACAAAAAACCGGUUAAUACGUGAGCGGCUCUCCAAAAUUUUGCUAGAAAUAAUACAAUUCGUUCAGCUGCUACUUCAACCCGACACCAAGCAGUCGGAAGAUCAAAUAUUGCUCGUUAUUUGGUGAUCCUCACAUCAUAAUGUUCAAUGGGACCGUACAAACGUGCUCGGAAGAAGGAGCCCGGCCACUGGUGGAUAACAGAUACUUUCUGGUGCAAGUGACAAAUAGAAAUGUGCGAGGAGAAGCCCUCACGACAACAGUCACAAAGAUAACCGUUCUGAUCCGAAAGCACAAUUGCACCGGUUCGCUUCGAUAUGAAGCAUCGUCCGACGAGGAAGUACUUCCGUUCGGAUUCGUGGAUGGCACCACAUUUCAGAGGACCGAUCACAAUCGGAACUCUGUAGAAGUUUUGUGGCAAGACAAUAAUUAUGUGGAGAUUGCGAUGCAUUUCAUCCACUCUUCCAUUCAUAUUCGACGGCAGGGGCCUUAUCUGUCGGUGGCAGUGAAAGGCCCGGCGAUGGUGAUGGAGACGGAGGGGGACGUGGCGAAUGAGAUGUGUUGGUCGGGAUGUCGCAAGAGUUCAAUGAUCGCGCCGGAGAGCGCGUUUGAAGCGCCUCGGCAGUUUGCGGAAUGCUAUGCGAGACGGUUUCAUGUUCCGAAAAAAGUAGCAGAAGGUGAAAGACACCCUACCGUAUCUGGCAAUGUUCAAAUCUUACAGACAGAUGCCGAAGCAUCGGGGUCACUGAUACAUUCUACGACGCAUGCGUCUUUGAUCUCAUGCUCACCGGUGACGACUACCUCGUUCAGCUGGCUCGCAGUGCUCAAUCCGAUUUCCGCCGUCUGGCUCCUCAUCAUUCCCAAUCGCAGCUUUUGCGCAAUCGUAUUUCGCUCAAAAACUACACCGUAAUCCCUGCGCUGGACAAAUGCGUUCACUCUGCCGCUUCCGUCAGUAUACCUUCUCCCGCACUUCUUGCCGUCGUUUCCGCUCUGAUACCCAUCAUUUUCUAG